AUGUCAUUGUCUUGGCGUUUCAAGAUUGAGAUGAUAAUGAAGAAGUUCAAUACACCAAUUAGAAAUAGAUUCUUUGAUUUGUCAAUAUUCCCAAACUAUUAUCGUUUCAGGUCAUUCAGUUCUUUGACACCACCGAUGGAAUCUAAUGUACCGAGAAGUCAAGCACGUCAAAGUCUCCAAAAGAAUGAUCUUCAUGUGGGGAAAGUCAUCCAAUACAUAGAGAUCCAAAACACUCAAGACAAUGAAAAAGAAUGGGUAUUGAUAAUGGCAGAUAAAUUCAAAAAUACUAGUACCAUUGCCAAUGAUAUCAUGACGAUUCGUAAACAACUAUGUCUAUCGAUCCAACAAGAUUUGGAUGAAUUCAAAGAGACUGUUACCCAACAACAAUCAGUCAAACAGGAACUAAACAUCAACUCGAGUCCAACCUUUUCGCCACUCUAUACCAGGUUAUUACAAUUGGAACAAUUCCUCUUUCAAUUAAUUUGA